AUUCAGAGAAUUGUGUUUUGUAAUGCACAGUGUUUUGCAUUGCUAUGGUGACACUUAGAUGAACUGGUUGGUCUCUGCACUUCCUUCUUGUGCUUAGCCAUCCUUUCUUCAGCUGUCAAUUCAGACCUAAGUAUAUGUUGUCGUGUGUCACAUCAAGAUGUUUUUAAAAGUGGAUCAGCUGUGACCUCAGUUCAGUCCUAAAUCCCUGCUGUGCCCUUUCAGAAUAAGCAAGACGGACACAGCAGAGUCAGGCAUUUUAGAGUAGACACGGGAGAAGGAGCGUAGCUGGUUACUAAGUGGUUAGUGGCGGUUUGACAGGGCCAUCGUCAGAGCAGGAAGUGCUUUGUGUGGUUAACUGAGCGGAAGAAGAGGAGAUGCAGACUGCUGUUUUAGUCAGCCAUAUACAGUACAAGAUCCAGACUGCACUCCCUGACACAUGAUAGAAGGUGAAAGAAGGCUUGAAAACAACCAUAAGAGUCAGAGGAAAGCAAAGAGGGCGAGAACGCUGAGACAGACCAGGAGACACUAGUUGGCAGGACACUCCCGGGGCUCGACUACAGACCCAAGCUCCCGCUUCUCCAGAGGGCGGGCCAUGCAGCCUGUGUGACUGCGUAGGAGCCGGCCCCUGCGAUGUCAUCUGCACAUGUACGUACCGGCGGCGGCCGUGCGCCCGGGCAGGUGUCCGGUGCUCGAAGGCCGUCCUGGCCCGUGCAGCUGCUCACCCUGGCCGCGGUCACAUCCUCGUCUCUCUCAGCCCUGUCCCUGUAUCACCUGCUGUCCCUCAGGGCUGAGGUCGAGGGGCUAAGGUCAGAGGUGCUGCGCAGGCGAGAGGAACAGCAAGAGACCAGGCACGGAGAGGCACCGCAGCAGAUCAGCAGCUCUCGAGUCAGAAGAAGCGGCUCAGACCCGGUGAUUCCCCUGAGACCUGAGAACACAGUCUCUCAGCCUUGUCUACAGCUGAAGGCAGACAGCAACAGAGAACCAUUCCAGAAAGAGUUUGCCUCGGAAAAUCACACAGGGAUCCCAUGGCAGGUGGGGCUUAAGAGAGGCACCGCCCUGGACGCAGAGAGUGACAGCAUCUUAGUCAGAGAGGAAGGAUACUACUUUGUCUACAGCCAGGUGAUCACAAGUCUUGUCUUGUCCAGGAAGGACAGCGCCCAAGCACUUCCUCUGCCCCCCUCUACUGGCCGGAGGGCUAAUCAACAGUUUAUACAGCAGCACAGUUGCUCAACACUAACUUCAACUACUUUACGGGUCAUGGCUCUUCUUUCUCUCACUUCCGUAUCUUCCACUCUUUUCUUCUCUCUCUCUUCACCUUUGAACAUAUGUUCCCCCCCCCCCUCUGUUCCUCUGUUCCAUUCCUCCGCUCAUGUUUUCCCCUGCAAGGUUUACUACAUGGACAAAACCUUUGCCAUGGGCCACGUGGUGAUCAGGAGGAAGAGGAACGUGGUGGGAGACGAAGCUCAGCAUGUCACCCUCUUCCGCUGUAUACAGAACAUGGACCCUGUCUAUCACUAUAACACUUGCUACACAGGAGGUAUAGUGAAGCUGGAGGUCGGGGAUGCUGUGGAGCUGCUGAUUCCUCGCUCUAGAGCCAAGGUUUCCCUGGAUGGAGACUCCACUUUCCUGGGGGCCGUCAGACUGGCCUGACCCCGACGGAAGUGCCCUGGACCGGAGGGAACUGGACCCGAAGGCUUGGGGUAUUAGAAAUGGCGGGCCUGGAGCUCCACCGCGUGGAGGUGGAUGCUGCUGGGGCUGGAUGUGUUGAACUGCUGCUGAUGAAGAAGAGGCAAUCUUUCAAAAUGAUCUAGUGACUUGGCCGUCAUACGUACAUUAUCUGUUCUACUGCAUUGUCUACUGCUUUACACUAUGGCUGAUGAAGAAGGGACAGACUGGCAUUUUACUGAAGGGUGAGUAGACCGGCCUUUCGCUGAAGAAGAAACAGACUGGCAUUUUACUGAAUGAUGAGUAGACCGGCCUAUCGCUGAAGAAGGGACAGACUGGCAUUUUACUGAAGCAUGAAUAGACCGGCCUAUCGCUGAAGAAGGGACAGACUGACUUGUGAAUGAAGAAGGGACAGACUGGCCUAUGAAUGAAAAAUUAACAGACCAGCCUAUAAAGAAUGGAAAGACUCCUAUAAUGAUGAGGAUGUACAAACUGGCUUAUAAAGGGAAUAGAUAGACCCCUCUUUGAUUGGGGCUGAACUGACUGUCCUGCAACUGCAGACCUGAUUCUGGUUGAUUCCAUCUGUGAAAAUAGUGUCAUUUACUGUCGCUGUGUGUGGUUGGAGAUGUUUCUGUCUUAUAUUGCUCAUUGGCUCAUUGGCUUCAUACAGGCCUUUUAUGAUUAUAUACAGCACAGCGACUUGGAUAAUAUACACUUACUGCCAUAAAUACCGCUUUGUCAGCAAGAUCAAUUUUACCAUCUGCAUACAUUUAAAAGAGUAUAUUGGUAUUUCAUUAUACUGAAUUCUGUCCUUAACAAUGCUGUUGAAUGAAGCAGAGUGACUUUUUACAUUGUCACAAAGUGCUUGGGACGUGUCCCAGCCUAAAACCACAAAGAGCAAGCAUGAUAUGCAAAAUCUCUCCAGAAAGCUACAGUAGUAGCUUCAGCUUCAGAGAGAAGUGAUGAUUUUAAUUAUCGUUGAUGAGUUCAAAAGUUACUGUUAAAUGUUUUCCUCUGAGAUCCUGUAGGUGGCAGUACUGAGGAAGGACACCCCUGAGAGAGAUCGAAUCCUGUUGAAAACAAUCCAUUAAAACUACGAUAUCCAUUGUUGUUCAAAUAAAUCAUUUUAUUUUGUAUUC